ACCUCUAUCUCUCUCUCUCUGUUUCUCUCUCUGGUUUCUGAGUGUUCGUUCUUUCUCCUCUUUGUCUCAUCAGUUCAAGAACGAAGGAAGGUCCGAAUGGUGGCUGAGAUAACUGGCGGCGGCGGAGAGUAUUCCGCCGCCGUGGCGGUGGCUGUGGCGUCAAUUGGUCGGCGGAGAAUGGGGUUGGACAAACCUUCGUGGCUGCUCUGCACCAUUGCUGAUAUGGACGAGAAGAUGAAGAUUCUGACAACGAAAUUACCCGAAGAAAACCCGUCAGACGACGGCUCCGCGGCGCGGGCGAAUUCCUACAACGGCGAGCGCCUGCAGCUGCCGGCAUUGCUCCGCGAGCUGUACAACGAGUACCUCUCCCUGGCCGAUCGAUACUGCCAUGUCCUCGCGAAGAAUACCUCAUCGCCGGCGAUGUACGCGAACUCCGAAGAAGAAUCGGGCGAGGGAGACCCAGGAGAAGUCGUAGAUUUCGAUUCAGAGAGUUCCGCGUCCUUCCACGAUUCGACUCUGUCGAAUGUCGAAGCUAAAGAGAUGGACGCCGAUACGGUGGUUGCAGCAUUGGUCAUGAAGACGGUUGAGUACGACAUCGCGACGAGAGAGCUUGCCGCGGCGGAGAAGAGGCGGGCCGAGUCGUCGCGGAAGGUGGAGCUGCAGAGGAAUUUGGUCGACGUGCUGGAGUCGGAGAGGUUGAUACUUCUGAACGACAAUGCGACUUUGGAGUAUCGAGUUUCGGCAAUGGUGGAGGAGAACAAAUGUCUCGCUUCGGAGUCGUUGUUCUUGAAGAGGAAGGCUGUGGAGCUGGCGAGAUGCGCGCUGAAGUCGAACGAGGAUCACCGCGCGCUGACUCGGAAAAUCGAGGACCUGGAGGGGGAGAUACACAGGCUGGAGAAACAGAAUCGGGAGUAUUUCGAGCAGAUUAUGAACCACAGCGAGAGAAAUAUGAGCUUUAAGGGACGAGAAGGCGCAAACCUGGACGUACUCGGCACGGCUGGUCUGAGUAAAUGCUUUAGCUUCGAUAUGAAAAGAGAUGACGAUCGUCGCGACGUAGAUGCAAGAAUCGAUCGUGGAAGGGUUUCGAACCUGUGGGGCAGCGUCAAGAAGUUGAAUCUGUUCGAUCGCGGGGGCUCUGCAAGAAGGUAAAAACACAAAAUACGAGCCCGAGCAAUAUGAAGCUGGAAAAAUAGCAUAGCAAUCGAUGAUACGGAUAUAGAUAUAUGUAAAAUUACCAAACUUUUGCUCGAUACGGGGCUCUGUUAGCAUAUUGCACCAUAGUCGAUGUGAUUCAGGGACUCGAAACGUUUUUACAGCAAUGCAUCAAGAUAUAUUGCUAAACAAUGCUGUA